CAUAAUAUUUUCAACAACUUACCUAAAAAUACUACUCUUACUAUAAAUGCUUAGUGAAAUAAUAAUGAGUAGUGAGAAAAUGGGAAACUGGGGAAUAAUAGAAGAAGGUUGGAGAAAAGGCCCUUGGACUGCUGAAGAGGACAGAUUGCUCAUUGAAUAUGUCAAGUUGCAUGGUGAAGGCAGGUGGAAUUCUGUUGCUAGGCUUACAGGGUUGAAAAGAAAUGGAAAAAGUUGUAGGUUGAGAUGGGUAAAUUACUUGAGGCCAGACCUAAAGAGGGGGCAAAUAACCCCACAUGAAGAGAGGAUCAUUCUUGAGCUUCAUGCUAGAUGGGGCAAUAGAUGGUCAACUAUUGCUCGAAGCUUGCCAGGAAGAACUGAUAAUGAGAUCAAGAACUAUUGGAGGACACAUUUUAAGAAAAAGACCAAGAACUCGUGUGCUAACUCUGAAAAGUCAAGAGCUCGUCUUUGGAAAAGACAACAAUUUCAACAACAACAGCAACAUCAACUGCAACAACAACAACAACAAAUCAACAAUCAAAUCGACAUCAAAAGAGUGAUGUCGUUUUUCGAUCAUAAUGAGAAUAAAGUACCAACUAUGCCUCAAGCAAAACAAGAAACGACAGUUUUGUACCCAAACACAGUUGAUCAACAAAAUCAAGUUGGCUUCUUCUACUCUAUGCUCAAUGGUUGCUCUUCUGUAUCAGUGCCUGAGCCUUCCUCUGAUGAAGAUAUUAUGUGGGAUGGAUUAUGGAAUUUGGAUGAUUUUUAUGGCCAGUUCAUCAAUACUACAACUUACAACAAAACCAUUACUACUCCUAAUUGCCUGUAAACUAUGGCUACUACUCCAGCUUUUUAUUAAAUCCUCAUCAAGAAAAUUUCUACAAGUUUUAGUACUAUUUUCACUCCUUUUUCUCAGUGCUUCUUUACACCUUGUUGCUGGUUGGGAGCCAAAGAAGGUUUAUCCGACCAUGAUAUCCAGACCUCGGCGCAAUGGUAAAGUUGUCUUAGUCAUGUGACGAUCACAGGUUCGUAUCGUGAAAGCAACCACUAAUGCUUGCAUUAAGAUAGGCUGUCUACAUUAUAUCCCUUGAGAUGCGGCUCUUUUGAACCCUGCUUGAACGCGAGAUGCUUUAUGCACUGUGCUGCCCUGAAAAAGAAAAUUCAGGUUAAAUAAUUUUGUAAGUCUCUACGAGAUCAUGUUAGGACUUUAGACUUUAUUUUAACAUUAUGUACUUUGUGCUAUCUGAGCUGCAAAAAAAGCUCAGUAAUGGUGAUUAGUGUGAUGCUCAUGUUGAGGAAAUUGUACCAUAUAAUUA